AUGUCCUCCAAAACACUGUCACAUAUUCUUGUCAUUAUCAUACUUUCUAUAAAUCUGAUGUUAUUGUCGUGUUAUAAAAUAUCUAAUGCUAAUACAAUAAGCAAACGAAAUAAGCGGCAAUUUCACGGCGGUAGUGAUUUUGGCUUCAUAUCCGUUCCAUUCUUCAACUAUGCCUGGGGUAGACAUUAUAAUGGAUGGCCUGGUCCCUAUGGCUGGGGAAUGCCAUGGCAUUCAUUUGGGCCUCGUUACGGAGUAAGGCGACGUUUCUGGCGAAGGCGUUGGGAAAGUUGGGGUGGAUUUCAUGACGGUUUCGGAUUUCAUGGCGGUUUCGGGGGACCAUGGUUUGGUUAA